GCCGGCUCCUCAAAGUUCGGGUGAUGAUCGACAUCAUAUCACAUCAUCGCCGCAGCAACCGCAGCACAUAUUUUAUUUUAUUUCUGUUGAACGUAAAAACAUAGUACGGUUGAUGUUCGAGAGUAAUAUAACGUCUCUUGAUUAUCUUAAAUGUUGCGAUGGAUAA